ACCACCUAAAGGUGAAGGGUGAAACGCAAUUGUAAAGAAAUAUUUUUUAGUGUAAUGUUAUCGUGAGGAAUAUGAAUGAAGCCGAAUCAUUUCAAUAUUCAGGUAAUCCUUCUGUUUGUGUUAUCUCUGAUACCAUGGCCAGGACCGACAGUUUUCAAGAUAUCCUGCCCCAGAGAUAAUGCCCGGGUAGUAAGAAAAAUAGUUCAAACUAAAUGGUUACCUGUACUAGACAAAUUCAAACUUAGCUUACCAUUAGAAUGCCCUUUUCAUCCGAUGAGGGACAUUUUUGGGCCCCAACAAGCUGCUAAAAAGCAGCAUAGACCUUCUCAAUGGACUUGUGGACUUUGUGGAAAAUCAUUUUUUGAAGAGAAAUAUUUGGAUAUGCAUUUCGACAAUCGACACAAGGGAUAUAUAAAUAUGGCUGAAGACGCUGUGUGCCUUGCAGACUACUGUGACAUCAUGCGAUGUGAUGUACUGAUGACCCAGGAUUUGAAAACUGUCCUACCUGAACACGAAAAUACUGACAUUGAAAUAUGGCGAGAAGCUUCUUCUUAUUCUAAAGCUUUAGCUACCUCGGGGCCAAGAGAUGUAGCCAAAUAUACACUGAGAAGUGGAAAUUAUCCUCACUUGCAAAAAACAUCGAAAACCAAUGGAAAACUGAAAAAACAUUGCCAAAAAAAGGAUGCACCAGAUACAUCAAAGAGUAGUGGUGAAGGAGAACCUGAUGACGACAAAUCGCAAAACACAUCUAAAAAUGUUUGUCAGAACGACUUAGUAGAUUCAGCUUUACCAUCUCCUGACAACCGACAACAACGAAUAGCAGAACUGCAGAAGCUGAAGGCUAAUUGCAAGCCUGAGGAACUCCAAAAAAUCAAAACGAAAUGCGAAGUGUUAGUAAGAGACUGUAUUGCCGGAUUGCUGAUACAACUGUCUGUGAAAGAUUUCAAAGAAGUCGAAGAUGAACUGAAUAGAGCUGUCUGUUGGUACCUUACUUGUGACAGAUAUUGGGAAGACUCGCAAGCUGACAUCAGAAGUUUUCCAUGGGGUCUUGUAUGUAUGAUUAUAAUGGUUAUGUCACUGGGAAUAUGCCUUUGCUAUUAUAUAAUAUGGGUGCUAUUUGAUAAAAAUGUUUUCAGUACGGAUGAUGUCAGCGUGACGAGCACCAGCAUAACAGACAGAUCUACCCCGUCUCCUGCACAUGCUCUUCGACAUGAUCUGUCAGCAGUCGAUGGAAAUCAAAUAUAUAGCGAGGAUUAUUUUUUGGCGCAAGAUAAAGAAAAUGAAUAUAUUUAUGUUACGUAUCCUCCAGAUUUAAAGAGGAGACUGUUAGAAAGCUGCUACAAUCGAACUACCCGCUUGUGAGAAUAGAGAAAAACCAAUAGUUAGAAGACUAUUUUUCACUAGAAUUUCCUGUCGAAUUUCAUACCGAAUUUUUCAUAUUCGUAGUAGAGUAGGCUCAAUGUUAGUAAAAAACUCAGUUUUGCCAAAUUUUUUACAUAGACCAACUAGGUAACAGGGUCAAAAGUGAGAUGAAAUACCUUUUUUAAUGUUGAAAUUUUUCAUUUGCAAAAAAUAAAAUUCAUUAAUAGUCGAAGAAGAGAUUUUUCUUUAGUUGCUAAUACAUGUUUGUUGAAUACCAUAAUAACAGUUAUGGAAAAUAUUCAUUUCUAUAAUUGUAUUUUUCUGAUAAUACGUCUGAUCAUUUCACUUCUGAACCUACAAUAACUUUUAGCAAAUAUUGAUAAUUUAUGCUACUACUUUUGUAUGAUUUGAAAUGAUAGACUACAUUUCGUUCAUUAGAAUAAGUGCUGAUUU